AGUGAGGCGGAGGCCUCGUCCCUGCCCCGCCGCUUCCUGUCUCCCGGCUCGUUGCUGUUGCCGGCUCCGGUAACCGGCGCUUCGGCUCUGCCCGCCAUGUCCCAGCUCUGCUACAACCGGGGCUGCGGCCAGCGCUUCGACCCCAGCACCAACACGGAGGAUUCAUGCACAUAUCAUCCAGGUGUUCCAGUCUUUCAUGAUGCUCUAAAGGGCUGGUCAUGUUGUAAGAGAAGAACAACAGACUUCUCUGACUUCUUAAGCAUUGUGGGCUGUACAAAGGGUCUCCAUAAUAGUGAGAAACCCCCUGAGCCUGUGAAACCUGAAGUCAAAACUACCUCUGAGCGAAAGGAGCUAGCUGAACUGAAACCUAAAUUUCAGGAGCAUAUAAUUCGGGCACCAAAGCCAGUGGAAACCAUUAAUAGGCCAAGCCCAGAUGAGCCAAUGACAAGUUUACAGCUGAAAGUAUCAGCUUCCCUGAAACAAGCACUAGAUAAACUGAAACUAUCAUCAGAGAAUGAAGAAGAAAAAAAAGAAGAGGACAGUGAUGAGAUAAAAAUUGGGACGUCAUGUAAAAAUGGAGGCUGUUUGAAGACAUUUGAAGGACCACAGAGCACAGAAGAAAUAUGUAUAUACCAUUCUGGAGUACCUAUAUUCCACGAAGGGAUGAAGUACUGGAGCUGUUGUAGGAGAAAAACUUCUGAUUUUAAUACAUUUUUGUCUCAAGAAGGCUGUACAACGGGAACACACGUGUGGACUAAAAAGGAUGCUGGCAAAAAAGUAGUUCCAUGUAGGCAUGAUUGGCAUCAAACUGGAGGUGAAGUGACUAUUUCAAUAUAUGCGAAAAAUUCACUUCCUGAACUUAGCCACGUAGAAGCAAAUAGCACAAUGCUAAAUAUCCAUAUUAUAUUUGAAGGAGAUAAAGAAUUUGAUCACAGUGUGAAAUUGUGGGGAGUAAUUGAUGUGAAGAGGAGUUAUGUAAACAUGACAGCUACGAAGAUUGAGCUCACUAUGAGGAAAGCAGAGCCCAUGUUAUGGGCAAGCCUUGAACUACCAAUACCUAAAACACAGCAAAAACAAAUUGAAGAUAUUACAGAUCAAGAAUGAAUCCUAAAGAUAUACACACUGUUUCCUGAUUGUGAAAGUGGUGACUUGCUACUGUAAUGCAUUUCCUUUUAAGACUAUUUUAUAUACGAUCACUUUUUACAAUACAUCUUGCAUUCCAGAUCAGGGCAAGCACUCCGUUAUGUAAAAACCUAGUGCUUGCCCUGAUCUGAAAUGCAAGAUGUAUUGUAAAUUUAUUGGAGCUCAGUCCACACUGUGCAUUAACAUUUCAAGCAUCGUAUUUGGACUGGAGCUACCAGAGUAAUCGAUGUUAGAUUACAUACGGUUUGCUAUAUAUCUUCUUGUAAUAAGGAUACAAGAUACGAGUCUAUGGAAUGAUUAGCAUGAUUCCCAUGGUCUAGAAUAAACAAAUUUGUUAUUCAAACAUCAGUAAUAAAUCCAGAAAGAAAGGUGCUACUCAGAUUCUUUCCUUUUGUCUUGUGAAAGUGACAAUAAUGGCUGCAUAUUCCACUUCUCAGUGGUGAGGUCACUAGUUUUUGAAGGGCUCAGGUAGUUACUUGCUUUUUCACCAUCUUGUUGUCUAGAUCUGCUCUGAGCAGUUUUAGAUUACAUUUGGUAAAAGCACUGGUGCACUAUCAACACUAGUACUGUUACCAGUAAAAGUGCAACGGCAGAAGACUUGCCAAAAAAAUUGUUAUAACUGGAGCCAAGGAGGGGAGGAGUUCAUGAAAAUUUCCCCCCACUACCACCCCCAUUUUGAUUUCUAAAUUUUAAAUAAUCCUAAAACAAAAGGAAAUGGAGCAAGGUAGUGGUUUGAUAGCUUAGCCUUCCAGCUCUGGAAACCUACACAUUAGAGACCAUCUCAAAACCACUAAGCCAGUUAAUGUAAGGGAUUUUGCAAGGUCUCUAACACUUGUUAGCUACCACUCCAAAACACUCACAGUUGUUCAUCCGUCUCAAAGAGGGUAAAUAUUGAAGCAGGAGAGGAUAGUGUAGACGGUAUUUGAUGGGUUGGCUGAGCUGUGUAAGCAAGAUUAAUGUUUCCAUGCAGUAUGCCUAAAUCUAGCUAUUGAGGGAUAUUGUCUUUCUCGGAGUAUUAAAUUCACUAAAGGAAAAGUUUUAAAAGAAAAAUUAAAGUAACAAGCCUCAAUGAUAUACCAGUUUCAUGUAAACACAACUGGAUUAUCCUUUUUUUUUCUUUUUUUUUAAUUUAAAGAUGGUUAUUUAAAUGUUUUUAUUUUAAAUUCUUUUGGUUAGUUUUCUUCUGGAAAUACUAACAGCAUAUUUUUGAUUUCAGUUCAAGGGUAGAGACCUUGCUGCCAAAAUCCUGGGAUAUUGUGAAAAUAUGUGACUGAGCUCUAGGCCAUAACUGAUGCUGAAAUUGCAUCUAUAAAAGUAAGUUCGGGGCUGUAAUUAAAAAAAAACAACUCGAUAGAUAUGUAGAUCACUAUUCAUAUCGGUGUGUGUAGGUCAAUUUCUAUCUAAUUAAAACUUACCAUAGAAAACUUUAAAGCCCCAAUCCACUUUACAGACUCAGACUAUACACUGGAGUUGGAAGGCGUAAUGUACCAAGGGUCUUGGACAGGAUCGUACUUGGUAUGGCUAGCCUCUCCUGAUGCCACAGCUACACUUCAUGUGGGUAUGUCAACUCAAGCUAGAAACUACACCUUCCAGCUCCAGGAUAGACAUACCCUCUCUCAUGCAGGGACAUAAGCAAUUCACUGGGAGUGAUAUGACAAAUGCUUGUAGAAUAUCAGGGUUGGAAGGGACCUCAGGAGGUCAUCUAGUCCAACUCCCUGUUCAAAGCAGGACCAA